GGCUGAACAGUGGGGAGAUAUUGUGUUCAUUCCGAAGAUGUAACGUUUUCUUUGUGGAUAUAUUUCACUGUCGGUGAACCAAACGUCCUCUUGUGUCUUGGGAGAGUUUCUUUAGCUCUGCUUAGCUCGUUGUUUUUUGUUUUUUGACAAACUAUACCACCAGUCAACCAGCCAUUAAGCUAAGUUAGCUCACGCUAGCCCGUUCGGGCGCAGUUCAUUUUCGGGAGAUGCUGUUGUUUUGUUUUGAACUAACGCGAAGUCUGAAGUUCAAAACGGCGUAAGUGCCGAAUGAAUAUCUUCACAAAAAAUUAACAGAGCUCCCAGGAUUUGUCAGACAUCUCUCAAAAAUGUGAGCCCUCCUAUUCUUGUGGAUUAUCCCACACAUUGACCAGCAGUGAAGAACAGGACUACUACGACCAAAGUUUAAGUCCAACCCAUGGUUUAAUGUGCAGUAGUCUAUGGGAUUGAUCAGCUCUGUUUGCGUUGGGUGUAAGAACCCACACUGGAGUUGCCAGUACUCCGCGUCUCCUUCUGCUGCUUGCUCUUCCAGAUUAAGGAACCUAAGGAAGAGUAGCUUCUACUUGUUGGGGCAACUAAUGGGGAUAGACCAGAUAAAUUAGCAAAAAGUGAGCCACUGGUAAAUCAUGGAACGCAACAAACGCAACUCCAUUGCCAGUUUUCCCACAAGACCCGACCGUCUCCACGAUGACCGGGACGGCAUCGGAGGGGGAGGGGCUGGAGAUGUGGGCAUGACCCCACCUUCCCAGGUUGGCAGGGUUUGGCCGUCCUCCUACAGAGCUCUCAUCAGUGCCUUCUCCCGUCUUACACGCCUUGAUGACUUCAACUGUGAGUGGAUUGGCUCUGGAUUCUUCUCAGAGGUGUACAAGGUGCGUCAUCGAGCCUCUGACCAGGUCAUGGCUCUGAAGAUGAACAAACUCAGUAGCAACAGAGCCAACAUGCUGAGAGAGGUCCAACUGAUGAACCGACUGUCACAUCCCAACAUACUCAGGUUCAUGGGAGUGUGUGUUCAAGAGGGCCAGCUUCAUGCUCUGACAGAGUACAUCAAUGGUGGCAACUUGGAGCAGCUUCUGGACAGCAACAAACACCUGAGCUGGCCCAUGAGGGUGAAGCUGGCUUGUGAGAUUGCCAGUGGUCUGGCCUACUUGCAUUCUAAAGGAAUUUUUCACAGAGACCUCACCUCCAAGAACUGCCUCAUUAAGUGUGACGAGCUUGGCUAUACAGCAGUGGUAGGAGACUUUGGCCUGGCAGAGAAGAUUCCCACUAAUGAUGCUGAGGGAGAGAAGCUGGCAGUGGUGGGUUCUCCAUUCUGGAUGGCCCCGGAGGUGCUGAGGGAUGAACCCUACAAUGAGAAGGCAGAUAUAUUUUCCUACGGUAUAAUCCUGUGUGAGAUCAUUGCUAGGAUCCAGGCUGACCCUGACUUCCUUCCCCGCACAGAGAACUUUGGCCUGGACUACCAUGCGUUCCAGCACAUGGUUGGAGAUUGUCCCCCAGACUUCCUCCAGCUGGCCUUUAACUGCUGCAAUAUGGAUCCGAAACUGCGUCCGUCCUUCCCAGACAUUGUGAGCCGGCUGGAAGAGAUCCUGGCCCGACUCGAGGUGGAGUGCAAUCGAGCGGCUCUUAGUGGGGACCAGGACAAGAAGUCAACACCUAAAAGUGAAAAGAUCCAGGGCAUUAAGCGGUUGAACCCUCUCGGUCUCCAGGACGACAAAAUCCCGCCCAAAUCGCCCCGCCCACGCCGAAACAUAUGGCUCAGCCGCAGCCAGUCGGACAUCUUCUCCCGUAAGCCGGCAAGAAAGAUCAACAUUCAGGACCCUUCCUACAACCCCCCUUCUCCCCAGCGAGCUGUCGGCACCUGCAAGGUCAACCCAUUCACCGCCCGCGAGGACCUUAGAGGGGGCAAGAUCAAGUUCUAUGAUGUGCCCAGCAAGUCCGUGUUCUCGCUUAUGUUUGACCUCCGCUCACCACCAGGGAGUGCAUUCUCUAGCCCACCUUCUUCCCAAGGUCCCAGUGGGCUCCAGCAGGAGCCCUGUUACUACUGGCAGCAGCUGCCCGGCAGACAGUGCCACUCCUUACCGGUGUCCCCUCUGCUCCCCCGCUCAGAGGCCUUCCACUCAGCUGCUGCUGCUGUUGGCUAUAUUAACAACAACUCUACUAUGUGUAACUCCAUCCAGCUCUCCACAACUAUGCCAGCAACUAACUCAAACUGUGACCCGGGGCUGCUAGGAAACGAGGUCCGUGAAAAAGUGGCACAGAGCAUCAGGGCUAAGAAAUUUGCUGUGAUUGAGAUCCCACCAUACCGGCCCCACAGGGACAGGGGAGAAGGGGCGGAGGCUUUUGCGAGGAAGGAAGAGGAGGAUGUGUUUGAAGACAGCUGCUCUCCUAUGGUUCCCAGUAGUGAGAGAGAUGAUGGAGAAGCAAUGGAGUACUCUAACAGCCAGGAGGAGGAGGAGGAGGAAGGAGAGAAUGGCAAGGAAACAUGCUUCAUGUGUGACCUAAAAUGCAGGAAUAAAAAGCAACAAGGCUGUCCCAUGCAGACUCUGACACAAGACUGUAUAGACACACACAUGGAAGGGGAAAUUGGAAAACUCCUCUGUCCGAUCCAGUGCCCGCUGCAUUACCAGGGAGAGCAGAAAAACCUCCAUACCCAGGGAAUGAAUGGUAGUCUGGGACUUGAGAGGGGUACCCCAACCCCUGGAUGUGAGGACAUGGAGGCACUGGGAACUGGCUUUUAAAAACAAUGACCAGGUUGGAUUUAAGUAGCGGUAGAGGCAUUUUAAAAAGUUCAGCAGAUGGUUCACAUGAUUUAUCUGAUGUUGCAAGUGAAUGUCUUUACUCUUGAAUGCUAAUUGAGUGACUCUUAAUUAAGUCUAGUGUACCAGACGCAGAUCAAUAAUUUGAAAUGAAAUCUCUUUUGAAUAUAUUCAGAUAUAUUGUCUCCCAGGUCUAGUAGAGCACAAAAGUAUCUCUAGUUGCCAUAUAAAAAUAAUCAACACAAUGAUGCCCUCCAUAGAGAUUAUUUUUUUGAAAACGUGUUUAUAUUUAAUAUUCUGACAUGAUGUACAGUUUUCUUUUCUUAAAUGUUUAUUUUAGAAACCUUGUCCAUCACAAUGUGUCUAACUCCCUGUCAGUGUUUUGCCUGAUGCGUCCAUAUGCUCUCAACAGCUUGUGUGUGUGUGUGUGUGUGUGUGUGUGUGUGUGUGUGUGUGUGUGUGUGUGUGUGUGUGUGUGUGUGUGUGUGUGUGUGUGUGUGUGUGUGCAUGUGUCAAGAGUUUGUGUGUGUGUUAAGGUUUGUGUCUGUGUGUUUGUGUAUAGGAUUGUCAGAGCUGCCCCUUGGUACUUGCCUCCUAACUUACCCUGUGUCUUGUCUGUUUAUUAGAAAAAUGUCCUUAUGGUGAGUUUAAAUUAAAUUACCAGAACAUGAAUUGGUCCACCAAACAUUACAUUAAUGUCCAGUUCAGAAAACUGAAUGAAAUGAAAGCCGAAACAUGUUUAAACACAGGUUUUAAGACGGACGGACCUUCGGUCCAAACCUGCCACAUGUCUAGACUGGAGCCAUGUUAUACAUAAGUAAUUCUCCUCAAGUGACAUUAAUUCAAAGUGAAAUCUAACAGUGUCUCCUGUGUGUAAGAAAUGGCAGGUUGGUGUGAAUUUACUGGAUGGAGUUGGUCGGGCCAAAAAAGGACUUCAUAUUUAUCCUACAUCACAAGUAAAUAACCAACCAUCACGUCAUCCACCUCAACGCUUGUUGUGAUAAUACGUGGGACAGAUUUUCUGCCGGUGUAUUUUACCUGGUUUCUUUUUCAACAGUCAGAAUUGAUAGUGUUGCCCAGCUACAAUUCUCACGUUGCUUUUCAACCGUUUGCCUCUCAGGUCACCAAUAGAGGGCAACAUUUCCCUUCUACGCCUACACCCUUUUCUGUGGAGGAAAAGUGUGAUACAAAAGGCCUUUUUAAGGGUGGGGGUGUAGCUGGUGUCAGUUCAUAUCCUAAUUUGCAGAGAAGACUCUUUUUAACAACCAAAAUGGAGCCUUAGUUGUUUGCAUACUAGCAUGUCUGUCUGUUUAGGCAGCCUUAACAUUCGUGGUGAGAGCGACGUAAACCAUUGUGAGAGCCUCUGUAUAGAUAUUCAAGCCUAGAGUUUUAAUUAACUUUAGUUUUGAAUAUUCUUAAAGAGUAAAUCUAUGUUUUAUAACUAGGAUUGAAUGAAUAAGGUUCCCCUGCAAGGGGAAACAGUUUAGAAGUGUUUACAAAUAUUAAUUUUUAAAGCAAUUUUUUCCAUCCAUUUUCACAAAACUAGAUAGUCCAGCCAAAAGAAGAAAAAAAACAACUUAUAUCUGCACUUUUAUUUAAAUUGUUCACUAAAAUGAGGAGAAUUCCUCCUACUGUAAUGCAGUGAACUUCUUUCAUCUGUGUAAAUGACGAUUUACCGACUCGCCACUCCAACAUGUUGUCGCUUCAAUAACUUGCUUUUCUUUAACACAUUCACACUUUCCAACUUCACUCUACCAGGGGUGUAAAUAUUUCAAAGAGCUCCAAAGUACCCAGCCGAGAUAACCGACACCAAACAAUGCUGGUCUCUGAGGUUACCAGUGAAGAUAUUUUGGUACCUAUAUUUUUGUAAACUAGAGAAUUCCUAAAUCGGAUAUGCUGUGAAGAGUUCCCCUUUUCACCGAUGACGUGUUAAGUCGUCGUACAUUAUGCUCCGCAUUGUGUUUCCCCCAAAUCUGUAAGAGACGUGAUGUGUGUUACCGUACAGUGCGUGUCACAGUUGCCUCUUCUCUCUGUGUACACGCAACUUUGUUGGUUCUUUGUUGACAUUAAAUCCCAAAAGAUUUUCACAUCAAAACCAGAAAUUCCUGAUCGAGUCCGUUUUUUCAACAUAAGCUAUAUUUGAUUUGUGGCCCUCACCAAGGGCAUCCCAUGCUGCAUCCUGCUAGCCCCGCUAACCAGCUAACUAAAUGCACUUGAUAGGGUAUCAAAUGUUUGAAUCUGCUUUUUUUCUUUUUUUGUCUUCUCACUACAUUUCUAUGCAAUAAAUGUAACUUUUAUUAGAACGGGGUUUUACGUAAUAAAGCAUCUAUUUUGAUAUUUAUGAGAAACAGUUUUUGAUCUUUUAAAUUGUAUGGUGUUUGUGUAUAAAGUUUUAUGUGGACAUGACUUGAUAAGUACAGAAUGAGAUGUUUUAUUGAUCUAUUAAUGUACCUUAUCGAAACCUUCCUCUUGAAUCUUAAUUGUUCUUAUUCAGUGCCGGGCACCUUUCGAUAACGAAAAUGUAUCACUGUGUUUAAAACCAAAGCGCAGACUCCCUAGCAUUAAAACUACUUGUUA